GAUUUCAGGGUCCCUAACAACAAGCGAGCCGAUGGUGUCGAGUAUUUUUGCUGGGGACUUCCGUGUAAUGCUGGACGAAAAUGUUAACACGGAGAAAGAUUCCAAGUUUGAGUUCCACUUUCCGUUCCCGGCAGCUCUCCGAACUUUCUGUACUGGGAUGGAGUUCACUUAGCCACGGAGCGCCCCCACCCCCUUACUUUUCAAGUUGUGAAGGUGGCACCUGCGCGAAAAUGAAGAAGCCACCUAGUGACAGCUGUCUCCUGUUAGUGCAGGCACGAACGGCAGUGGCGACAAUUCCGUCUCCGCGAGUCGCUCGUGCAUCUCCUUCUUUCUUUCUGUCUCUCACGGUUUUCGAGACUUUCCGCCAGGACGCACGUGGCGCAGGCGGCUGCGUCAGGGUGUGUUUGCACGACCACGCCCCUUUUUAGUCUAAGGAGGGGUGGUGGAAAAAAAAAAGAAAAAAAAACUUUUUUGUAUCGAAGGAAUCAACAGCCGCCAUCUUGUCGCGGUCCUAGGUCUGGAUUUGCGUGGAAUCUUGGUUUUUUUUAUUUACCCCCUCGCUAAUUAGUGCUGGGGUGCGCAAAUCCUGACUGACAAUUUCCCAGAAGGUUGAUUAUUUUCCAGGCUUCCAUGCGGAAAUAGUAAAGAAAACCAGGAGUCCGGGACGCUAUCUUUCGAGAAGGAUUCCCCCUCUGCUUGAAGAGCUGGUUUCCCUUUCGGCGAGAGCUGCUUCAGUCCGUGUUGCACUCGCGGGGUUUACCGGUAACCAUCGAGUGGCGUCUGGGGAGACGAGCGACUGGGUAAAGUGCAGACACGCCGGAAAAUUCUUUGGUUUUCUCCUGCAGCGCCUAUGCAUGCUGCCCGGCAAAGACGCUGAAAACCGAGCUGUUGCGUUCUUUAUGCAAAUAUGUCGACAAUUAGACUAAUGACGCUUGAAGAGGAGGACGACGUGUGCUGAAUGAUUUUCUACAGACAUUCGUACAGAUAAUGUGGGUGUUGGACUGUCAUGGGGUGAAUGACACUAGCGAAGCGGGGCGCUGUUGCCACCGUUUUCAGAUAGUGCUUCAGCCUUAGCCUUCGACGACGAAGGUGUUACCGACUUGUCUGGAGAUUUGUGUUUUCUUUUGAAGGGGUCACUUAUUUUGGCAAGUGUUUGCAUCGGGGACAUGGCUGAGAAAAAAACAUUAGACGGAGCACCCAACGCCAAACGGCCGAAAUUGAAUUCGCCUGUGAUGUCAUCCUCCGAUGGAGCAGAUUUCAGAACGUUGUUUGACCUUGAAAAUGAUCUACCAGAUGAGCUUAUUCCAAAUGGAGAAGCAACCAUCCAAAGCAUGGCCACUAAUGGUGGGGUUGGAGGAGGAGUAACAAGCAUAACAUCAGAUACUUCUCUGAAGCACAAGCACCUGCCUGAACUUCUUCGUCCUGGGUGCACCUCCAUUCUUAACACUAGUAACAACCAGCUGGGAAUGGGAUCCCUCGUCAAGAAUCCACUAACCCAGACACUUCCGUCACCUGCCUCAAGUCUUGGAAUUCUGCUACCAAACACUGCUAGUUCCCAAGUCCAGAAGCAAAUGAGUGUCCAAGGAGGGAAUGCUGUACCUGGUACUACUGCCAAUGAGACACAUGUGGGAAUCGGCAUCAGCAGUAAUUUCAGUCAGACACUGCUGAAUACGGCACAUGGACUUUUAAAUCAGUCUUCCCAUCCUCAAGGACAGGUCAUGAAUGGCACGCUUGGGUCUGUAAGUCAUAGUAAAACAGCUGGUGUACAGUUCCCUAGUCCAGGCUUACAACCAGGAGGAAGCUCAGGCAGUACCGGUGUUCUUGCAGAAACAGUGACACAGGGAGUGCAAAUGGUCAAUCAUUCUCCGCUAAAUGCACAGCAGUCUGGUAGCAUGGCCAAGGUUGGUCCCUUUGUUCAGCCUUACAGUCAGAGUGGGAUGCAGCAGAUUGGACCAUCAGGAGUGAAUCCUCCUCUACAGAACAAAUCAGCCUUCUCCAGUAGCUUGCCUUUUACAAGUGGCUUGAAGGGGUCUGCUUUAACUAGUGUUCCAAACCUGACGCCGAUGCAGCAGUCCCAGCAGGUGCCAACUGCAGGAGUUGUCUCAACGCAGGGUCUUUCUACAGGACCUACUGCUGACCCUGAGAAGCGCAAGUUAAUACAGCAACAGCUUGUCCUUCUGCUUCAUGCUCACAAAUGUCAGAGGCGUGAGCAAUCCAAUGGAGAGGUACGUCACUGUACCCUUCCACAUUGCAGGACGAUGAAGAAUGUGCUAAAUCACAUGACACAUUGUCCAUCUGGAAAAUCGUGCCAAGUUGCUCAUUGUGCAUCUUCACGACAAAUAAUUUCUCACUGGAAAAACUGCACACGACACGACUGUCCAGUAUGUUUACCAUUAAAAAAUGCCAAUGAUAAGCGAAACCAGCAGCCUUUGUUAGGUCCUGCCAGCACAGGCUUAUCAAAUUCAGUGAGUGCAGGAGCAACCCAUGGAGCAGCACAGCAAAAUACUCCAAAAGUAAACAGCAGUAAUCUCAUUGAUCCAAGCUCAAUGCAGCGGGCAUAUGAUGCUCUGGGGCUUCCUUAUGGUAACCAGCCUCAGGUACCUGAUCAGCAGCAAGUACAGAACCAGCCACAUCAACAGAUGAGAUCUAUUAGUUCACUUGGUACUAAUCAGGUAGACCAAGGAGGAUCAGGAAUUAGAGUUGCAGUCUCUGAACAGCAAACGGGCCUCAUGCCAGAUUCAACAAUUCCGUCUUCUCUUGUUACUUCGGGUCACUUAUUUUCGGAUGGCUCUGGUGGAAACAAAAUGACAAACAUGGGAAAUCUUCCAACAGCAGCACCUUUGUCUUCCCCUGGGGUUCAAAAGUCCUGGCAUGAGCAUGUUACUCAGGACUUGCGAAAUCACUUGGUUCAUAAAUUAGUCCAAGCCAUAUUUCCAACACCUGAUCCGGCAGCUUUGAAGGACAGACGCAUGGAGAACUUGGUGGCCUAUGCACGUAAGGUGGAAGGAGAUAUGUACGAGUCUGCUAAUAGCAGGGAUGAGUAUUACCAUCUGUUAGCUGAGAAAAUUUACAAAAUACAGAAGGAACUUGAAGAAAAACGUAGGUCACGGCUACAGAGACAGAAUGUUUUGGGCACUCAAGCACAGAUGGCUGCCACUAGCAACCAGCAGCCAGUAGUUCAUCAAACGCCUGCUUUGCCUUCAGCUCAAACCAUAAGACCACCAAAUGGACCAUUGCCCUUAACCAACAUUCCAAACCAGCUCACGAAUCACAUGCAGCCUCACCAAGGUAUUAACCAGUUUAAUCCUAUGACUGUUGGGAAUCCGCAAAUGACUCAGAAAUCCUCCCAAACGAACCCUGCAGGUCCUGUGAACACCUUGGAUGCUGUUCCAGCUAUGGCUCCAUCACCAUCAAGAUUAGCACAAGCCCCGAGCCUGUUUGGAGCCCAGAGUAGUAAUGUGGUUGGCCAGACAAAUAUUCAGAACCAGUUUCUGUCUCAAAACCAGUUUACAGUAUCACCUGGACCUAUGAAUGUAAAUAAUUUGAGUAUGGGACAACCUACAUCUCAAACUGGGGUUUCACAGACCCAUUCUCAAACACAGAAUGCUGCUGGAGUAACCAGUCAGAGUACUGCACUGCCUUGUCCACCUGCUGUACAGCCAUCAGUCCACGUAGCACCACCUGCAGAAGUGCAGCCUACUCGGCUUCCCUCCUCUCAAAUCCUGGCACACCAAUCGACUCAGCCCUCAACAACAGUUUCCUCUUUAGGACCAGCAUCUAUUUCAACUCCUAAUGGCCUUCCUAGUGUAGUUGCAGCACAAAGCACACCACCAGCUCUUGGAUCGCUUUGUGCCCUGACUCAGCCACUUAGCCCAGUUCAAGAGUUGCAACCUACACAUCCUACUACUGCUGCUGUUGCUGAGGCAGCAGGUUGUGUUGGUCUUCAUUCAGCUUCCCCAGGCACUGUUACCAAUGGAGAUCUAGACUCUCAGCAGUGUGGAGCUGACUUUGUAGUCAAUAUGAUGUCAAAAUCCAAAGAAGAGGAGGAGAAAUUUAAAUAUAGUGAACAUCAAGCCAAACUGAAACAGGAGCCUGAAGAUGAUAUAUUCCAAACAGCAUCUCAAGUUAAAGAGGAUUCUGAUGGUGUGGAGGGAAAAGCGGAGCCAAUGGAAGUGGAAGAAAAAAAAUGUGAUGUGAAGGCAGAGGUCAAGGAGGAGAAGGAGAUGGGAUCCAAUGGUCAGAUUCACCCUACAGUUGUGUCACAAGGCCACAGAAAAUUUUUUAAACCAGAAGAGUUGAGGCAAGCACUGAUGCCUACAUUAGAAGUUUUAUAUCGACAAGAUCCAGAAUCUCUUCCAUUUCGGCAACCUGUAGAUCCCCAGUUCUUAGGAAUCCCUGAUUACUUUGACAUAGUGAAAAAUCCCAUGGACCUGUCAACAAUAAAAAGGAAGCUGGACACUGGCCUGUACAAGGACCCUUGGCAGUUUGCUGAUGAUGUGUGGCUAAUGUUUAGUAAUGCCUGGUUAUACAAUAAAAAGACCUCCCGUGUCUAUAAAUGUUGCACAAAACUCGCAGAGGUCUUUGAACAAGAGAUUGAUCCUGUAAUGCAGUCUCUUGGUUACUGCUGUGGUCGAAAGUAUGAAUUUUCACCACAGACGUUAUGCUGCUAUGGCAAACAACUGUGCACCAUCCCUCGUGAUGCCACCUACUACAGUUACCAAAAUAGGUAUCACUUCUGCGAGAAGUGUUUCAAUGAAAUCCAGAAUGACGACAUAACUCUAGGCGAUGAUGCUUCUCAACCUCAAACCAUGAUUUCAAAAACCCAGUUUGAAAAGAAGAAAAAUGACACACUUGAUCUUGAACCUUUUGUUGAAUGUAAAGACUGUGGACGUAAAAUGCACCAGAUAUGUGUAUUGCAUAAUGAAUUCAUCUGGCCAUCUGGUUUUACCUGUGACAACUGCCUUCGGAAAACUGGUAGUACAAGGAAAGAGAAUAAAUUUUCUGCAAAAAGGUUACAGUCAACAAGACUUGGAAUGUACAUUGAAGAUAGAGUCAAUAAAUUUCUAAAAAGGCAAAACCAUCCUGAAGCUGGAGAGGUGUUUGUGAGAGUGGUUGCAAGCUCAGAUAAAACCGCUGAAGUGAAACCGGGAAUGAAAGCCAGGUUUGUUGAUACAGGUGGGAUGGCCAGCAGCUUUCCAUACAGAACCAAAGCACUUUUUGCUUUUGAAGAAAUGAAUGGGGUGGAUGUGUGUUUCUUUGGAAUGCAUGUACAGGAAUAUGGCUCAGAAUGCCCCUUCCCUAAUACCAGGCGUGUUUAUAUAUCAUACCUUGACAGCAUUCAUUUCUUUAAGCCUUGUUGUUUGCGAACAGCAGUCUAUCAUGAAAUACUAAUUGGAUAUUUGGAAUAUGUGAAGAAACUUGGGUGA